AGAGAGAGAGGCUCUGACCACUGGUGCUGUCCAUGGUGCUGGACUUUGAGAAAAUUUAUUAUAAUAAGCACGAUACUCCCUUGUUAAUUAUGCACCGCUAAAUGACAUUCUACAUGUGUCAAUUUCAACCCUUCUUAUCUGCCCUUGUUGUGUCAGACUGGCAGACAGCACCGUGCCAAUGGAUACAGGCUGGUGACAAGUAUUAUUUUUAGACCUGGCAAAAAAAAUAUUUAAAAAGAAGUGGGUGUCUUUUCUGCUGAUAUUGCUGCAACUGAAUAUGAAGUCUAUAGGUAGCCUACACACCCUGGGUCAGGAUACACUUUUCCCCCACGAAAAAUAGUUUUGGUCCUGUACUUCAACAUUAGUGUCAACUGUCAAGGGAUGACACAUUUUGAAACCCCGGAUGCCGUUCUUUCUAUUUCAAGAUUACGCUGAGCACAAAAUCUCUGAGCAAGUUCUCCAACUUGGAAUGUCAUCAACGUUGCUCUGUGGAGUGCCGAUAAGAAGCCAUUGAAAAUAGAUGAGAAGAACCUGCUACAAUGGAUACAAUGGAAACUGUGGAAUGUAUCAGGAUAGAUCCAGAUACUCUGACAAUGCUAGAGGAUGAUGUGGACAUCACAGAGGGAGUCUGCCAAAUCAAUGACGAGGUUGAGGAUCUCCGCAACAGUUUGCGGUUGGCGGUUCAGGAUGAGGCGGUGCGUCCCAAGAUGCAGUGCUUAAUGAUGGACCCCUCCUUCUCCAUGGUUACCGUGCAGGGCGAGGACAGCGGCAUCCAAUGGGAGACCAGCUCUAGCCGCUGCUCCACCCCUUGGGGUUCCGAAGCCGAACCCACCCCUACCAUCGCCUCGGAAUUCUGCUUUCCCAUUAAUGAAAGGUCUGUUUCACCUGGAUUAGGAUCUGGAUCAGCAGGUAAAAUAACCUUUGUCAUGGAUGAGGCAAUGAUGGUGAGGAGGCCAAGGAUGAAAAUAAGUUGUGGAGGAGGACGCAGGAGCCGGGCUGACAGACGGGGACAGACUCCUCUGCCCACAGGUGAGUUGGUUGAUAAGCCAGAGCUAGUGGAGGUCUCCCUGCCCAAUUUGAGGGCAGAGGGAGAUGGGGAGGAGGAGGAUACGACAGAUCCCAAAGAGGAGAAGAAGCAGAGUUUGUUCCGCCUGGUGUCAGAAGGCUCAGAGAUCCUGAACAUCAUGGUUCCUCCCAGGCUGGUGAGCAUAGACGAGGAGGAGAGCCAAGUCAUGGUGGACAACCUGUCUUACCUGGAGGAAUCCACCUUCACCAAACCCAGUAACGAAAUCAUAGAAGAGGUGUUUGAGGAGGACACCACACCAUCAGUGGGGGGUGGAGAUCAAACGGUGGAACACACUGACUCCUCCCAUCUCACCAGGCCUGAUCAGACUGACCCUCCUGGGGCUCCGGUGGCAAAGCAGCCCAGACGAGGAGCCACCAGUGACAUGGACUACUUUGAGACAUUUACUCAGAUGGAUGAGCCUGCUCCAGGAGGCCCCACCAUGAUUGAAGAAAGACAGAAGGAGGAGGAAGCAGACUGUGGAGAGGAAAACCAGCAGGUGAGCGAGGAGCCGGAACAGCUCCAAGAUGCCGCACCUGUGACCGAAGACCUGGGAGGUUCCAACACAGGCGUUAGCGGAGAAGAAAUCUCCAGUGACCAUCUAGAUGAGGUGUUCUACGGCGGUAUGGACAAUAUGCCUUCUAAGAACUAUCUGGAAGUAGAGGAGGGCGCAGUAGACAAGUCACCCAAGUCCCCCCUGAAGGAGAGUGGAUCGGCCCUCUUCGGCAGCGAGGAAACCGUCCUCACCCCCAUCUUCCUCCCCUCGGGACCCCCCAAAAUCAUCAACCCCACUCUGCUAGAAGAGCCUACGGCCAUGGCCUUCCUUUACACAGACCUGUACGAAGAGGCAGUGGGCAGCAGGGAAGGAGUGAAGGAGGAAGACACUGAGAGUAUGACCUCCGAAAGGUCCUUCCACAGCAGACACUCAGACCGGGAGGCCAGGGGGUACCUGGAGAAGUUUGUCCUGAAGGACGAGACUCCCAUGGUGGAGCUGGAAGGGGAACCAGCAGUAGAGGAAGGCUUCAGAACUUGGGCACAGGAACUGUACACGCUGGACAGCUUUCUCUCCCACUCUGAUGAUAGAGAGAUAGAAGGGGAGAUCCAGGAGUCUGAGCAUGACAUGACAGAUUUUUUCCGGACGAACGCCAGUUCCUCUCCAUCUGAUGAUCGGUACAUCCCAUCACUGGAUAAAGAAAAGAACUAUGCAGAACCUGUGAAGGAGGACAAACAUGUUAAGGCAGACAAUGUUUUAAAGACGGUGCAGGAAGCACCUCAGCUUCAAGUGGUUAAAGAAGGGAAAACCACAGAGGAGGAGAACAAGAGUCAGGGCGUUGUCACAGAUUUAAAUGAUCCACCACUUUCUGAACCAGAGUCUUUCUCUGAGAGGGCUGGUGGGGGGAGUGUCACUGAGCCCCCCACAGACAAAGACCUCUCAUACAAACAUGAUGCUCCCACAGUGGAACUACAAAAACUCCCACCUCUGAGUGACAGUGGCACAAAUCAGGAAGCUCCAAAGCCAGUAGCCCCCCCUAGAAGGAAGCCAGCUGCACCUCAAAAGAGCUCUCUGAAACUAGCGCCACUGGCUCGAGCCCAGACCCCAGUUGAGAUCCUAGAGGGAGGUGGAGAUAGAGGGAAGGAAGAGAGGGAGGAGGAGAAAGAGAAGGCUUCACCAGCUGAGACUGCUGAUGAAGGAGAGGGGGAUGGAGAGACAGGACAGAGGGAGGAGGAGGAGAAAGAUAUGACAACACCAGUUGACGGCUCAUCCUCAUUUUACCAAUCCCAGAUUACGCUGCUCUCAAGUAUAGCUACCGAACCAGUAAAAGCAGAGGAUAAAAAGACUGAAUUGGCUGAAGGAAACACAGAACCACCUGAGGAGAGUGACAGCCCCAUGCCAGAGGCUGACCCGGUAUUGACAGGACAGGACAGUAAAACAGAACCAGCUAAAGGAGAGGCUGAACCAGCUGAGUCAGCCAAGCUAGAAGUUGAACCUACAACAGGACCUAGCCAGACCACUCCUUCCGUUCCUGCCCCAGUGAAUGACCCAGCCAAAGGCGGAUGCAUCAUCCUUUAGCCUUAUUGGCAUUAUGCUGCAGCAAUUUGAAAUUGAGAGGUCAAAUGAUGAAUUGAAGUAAACAUUACAGAACUUCAUUUUUUUUUCUCAACCUGGUCUCAGAGCAUUUCGUACUAUUCUGUACAUAAAUCCGAAACACUGCAUUUAGUAUGAUAUGUUAUGGGCCGUAUGGUAUGUAUUAAUUUGUGGAUGAUAUGUUACGAAUUACAAUUUGUAUUAUAUUUUAUGAAUUUGCAAUGUACAGUAUGUUACAAAUUUUCGAACUGUAUGAUAUGUAAUGAAUUCUAGCUAGGUGGCUAGUGGCUAACGUUAGCUAGCUGGCUAACAUUAGGUAGGCUAGGGGUUAGGGUUAAGUUUAGAAGUUCGGUUAAAGAGUUAAUGUUAGGGUUAGGGGAAGGAUUAGCUAAAAGGGUUAAGGUUGGGGAAGGGUUAGCUAACAUGCUAAGUAGUUGCAAAGGAGCUAAAAGUACCAAGUAAUUGAAAAGUUGCUAAUUAAUUCAAUGCUAAAGUUGUCUGUGAUGUGAAAUUGCAACCAUUGGGUUGCUAGACGUUCACGCUAUAUGCCCACCGACCACCCAACUAACCAUCCUACUUUAAUUUUUGCCUAAUAGCCUUUUGUGACUCCCAAACCCGCAUGUGGGAGUGUAAUCAUCGCCUGAAACGAAUUAACAUAACGCAACGAACAUAAAUAUCCCUAGAAAAUAUUCCUAUUCAUGAAAAUCACAAAUGAAAUAUGUUGAGACACAGCUUAGCCUUUUGUUAAUCACCCUGUCAUCUCAGAUUUUCAAAAUAUGCUUUACAGCCAAAGCUAGACAAGCAUUUGUGUAAGUUUAUCGAUAGCCUAGCAUAGCAUUAUGCCUUGCUAGCAGCAGGCAACCUUGUCACGGAAAUCAGAAAAUAAAUCAAAUUAAAUUGUUUACAUUUGAUGAACUUCGGAUGUUUUCACUCACGAGACUCCCAGGUAGAUAGCCAAAGAUAAUUUUUUCCCAAAAUAUUAUUUUUGUAGGUGCAAUAGCUUCGUUUGUUCUUCACGUUUGGCUGAGAAAUUGCGGUCACCACAACUAUUCCAAAUUAGCUCCAUAAUAUCGACAGAAACAUGGCAAACGUUGUUUAUAAUCAAUCCUCAAGGUGUUUUUCUAAUAUCUAUUCGAUAAUAUAUCAGUCGGGACAAAUCGUUUUUCAGUAGGACCGAUUGGAGUAAUGGCUACCUCUGUAUUUUACGCAAGAAUCUCUCUCGGAGCCACCAUGUGACCACUUACGCAAUGUGGCCGCCUACGGCUAUUCUUCAACAGAAAUGCGUAACACUACGUCACAAUGCUGUAGACACCUUGGGGAAUACGUAGAAAGCGUAAGCUCGUUGAUGGAACAUUCACAGCUGAAUAGGGACUCAUUGGAACGCAGAGCUUUCAAAACCUGGGGGACUUCCGGAUUGGAUUUUUCUCAGGCUUUCGCCUGCAACAUCAGUUCUGUUAUACUCACAGACAAUAUCUUUACAGUUUUGGAAACGUUAGAGUGUUUUCUAUCCCAAGCUGUCAAUUAUAUACAUAUUCUAGCAUCUUGUCCUGACAAAAUAUCCCGUUUAAAACGAGAAACCUUUUUUUUUCCAAAAACGAAAAUACUGCCCCCUAGUACCAACCAUCUGUCUUAUGUAAACAUACUAACAUACAGUAUUAUACUAAUUUUAGUGUCCUGGAUUUACAUUUACUAUGUUACGUCUAUCAGAUCAGGCUGUUUUUCUGGAUAUUUAUUUUUAUGCAUACUUGCUUAUUUUACCAUUUUUAAACCGUAGCACAGUAGCACUUUUUGGUCUGGUUUCCCGGGCCCAGCCUAAAUACUUUCAACUGAGAUUCUCUAAUAAGCAGUCAGUCAGACUCAUAUGUAAUUGUUAGGUUAUUACCAUUUAACCAUUUCAUUACUAAAUAAAUAUCUGAUCAUUUCUGAACUGUAAAAUAAAGUUCUACCCAUUUCCCUCUC